AUGAAGACCACAAAUCGUCCAGAUGAGUGGAAAAUCGAGCAGGGGCUGUCCGGAGCUGUGCUCCCAGUUCUGGACAUGACCAAGCCCAAGACCAAAGAGCUCGCCCCUCAGGUCUUUGGCCCUCUCACCAAAGAUGAAAAGGCUAUCAAGGCAGUUGGCAAUCGUGACAAACUCUUUGCCAUUGAGCGAAAGGGCUGGACUGGCUUUGUAGAAUGGGAGAAUUAUCCAGAGAAGAAGGCUGCGGCACACAAAAUCCUGACUUCUCAGACGUUCCCACCAAACCCAGAAUUUCAGCUUGGUCCGAUUCCAGGAACAAAUCCAGUCCUCCCAGGUACACACUGGAAAAUGUGGCACCAUGCAGUCGGCGGAGAGCUCACCAAAAUCCCGGAUGACUCCUGGAACACGGUCCUCAAGGAAAAGCACCCCGACAUGCUGCACCUCUUGCAGUUUCCUUACAACGGCGAGCCUCCUAAGCGUCUCGUCACCAGCAAAGAUAUCACGCCUAAUUCCCUGCACUUUGUGCGAAAUCACGGUGGUAUUCCAAUCAUCGACAAGGACGACUUUAGUUUCAUGCUGGAUGGACUUGUUGCAAAGCCUCGCAGCUUUACUCUGGAUGACAUCAUGGACGAGUCCAAGUAUCCGCGCAUGCAGAAAACUGUGACCAUUCAGUGCUCCGGCACUCGCCGAAUUGAGCAGAUUCUCAAAUAUCCCGGGCAGGGUGAUGAAGUGCCCCAGGCGCCGUGGGCGGAAGGCGCAAUUGGGAAUGCAGAGUAUGUGGGCAUCAGCCUCAAGAAAAUUAUUAAGGCCUGCGGCGGCCUGGUGGACGGCGCGAAGCACUUGGAGUUCUACGGCGCCGACACUUACUUCAAGGACGACAACGCAAUGAAUUAUCUCGUUAGCGUACCGUGGUCUAAAGUCAAAGCCAACGAGGUUAUGCUGGCGUGGGAGAUGAACGGCGAGCCGCUGCCGGCCAUCCACGGCUACCCGCUUCGCAUUGUUGUCUUUGGCUACAUCGGGGCUCGGAGCGUCAAGUGGCUCUACCGCAUCAAGGCCAUCAAGAAUCCGUCGCGCGCGCCAGUCCAGAGUGCCGAAUAUCUCUAUUUUCCUCAGCAGGUUGGAAAGCACAACCUCAAGAUGACGGACGGAAUCCAGAUUCAAGAAAUGCCAGUGAGUUCUGCCAUUAUGUCGCCCUGGACCAAGCAGGUCUGCAUCCACAAGGGCAAGAUUCGCUGCAAGGGAUGGGCGUAUUCUGGCGGCGGCCGCUGGCCAGAGAGGGUGGAGCUCUCCAGCGAUGGUGGCUUCAACUGGUAUACUGUCCCCCUCGAGAACAUGAGCAAAAAGCGCAAGUGGUCGUGGCGCGUGUGGGAGUUUGAGCUUCCCUGCGAUGUCGAGGGCUGGGUGGAGAUUGUCUGCCGCUGCUGGGACAAUGCGCUCAACACUCAGCCUCCCGACGUGCGCACUGCAUGGAACUGGGGCUUGCAUGUUACGAGCUCCUGCCACAGGAUCUCGGUCUAUAGUGUCAACAAGUCCAGGCCGGCAACCAAGGCGCGUCUCGACGAGUUUGACGAGAGAGGCAUUCCCUUUGGCCCAAUUACUGUUCCGCUCGAGUUCCCGUCUCAGAGCUGGGAGGACUACGAGAAGUUUUGGAAAGCCAAUGACCCCCGCGAUGCGGACGAUGAGUAA